UCCUUCUCAAUAUCAUAACAACCUUUCUCAUCAGCUUUAUCCAGAUCAUCCCGAUCAACCAGAUCAAUAUACUUAAAAUCAACCAAGCAAACCAAAAUUAUUGAUCAUUCUUGUAAAACAGAAGAUUCCGUCACAAUGAGUUUCGAUUAUAAGUCCAGCGAGGUCUUUGGACUGGACUUUAAGCAACAUGACGCACGAAGCAUUCGUCAUAUUUUGAAGCAUUAUGGCGACUUACCAGAAAAUCAAGGCGAUCGACUUGCUCUGUUUCUUCGAUUACAGUCUUUGGAGAAGAAUCUUCAUGAAGACGAUCGCCAAAAAAUAAAGAACUGGUUGGCAAAUGGAGGCGACCUUCCACGACCUGUAAACCUCGUGAUCGCAUAUGAGGAAGAGUUUGAGAAAGAACCGGAGGAAGAGGAUGAGGAUAGUAAAGAGGAAGAAGAAGACGCAGGUGAUGAGGAGGAAGACUAUGAGGAAGAUUCUGAUGAAUCCACAAGUUUUGAGUCGUUAAAUUCCGCGACGACCCCCGGUCAUGAAUUUCAAAUAGAAGAUUUGGGCUCUGAUACUAUACAAUAUGACCACUUCGGCUUGAUGCCUACUCACCCCGAUAUUCAUGAACGCGCAAAUUACGUCUCCGAAACGAAACCUGAAUCGACCCCUGAACCUGAAACAACAGAAGGCUAUCACGGAAGUGAAAAAGGCGAUGGGGAGGAGAGCCGUAAGGAGGAGAGUGAUGAAGAAGAAAGUGAUGAAGGAAAAAGCGAAGAGGACACUAAAAAAGAGACUGUCGAGGCUACAGGAUCGGCUAAAGUCAGAAAGGUUGGUAAGGCUAAAAAGACUUUCAAGGUUACAGUCGAACCGGGCAGUGAAUACGUUGCGAAUACCGGAUACUAUGCUGGUGGAAAAGCAGAUAACUUUGAGCAUCCACCUUUUUGGGCGGUGGAAUGUGUCAUCUGUGCAGUGACAGUUCUAACAUCGGAGACCUGGUGUUCUAUCACGGAUACCUGCGAACAUCCAAAUGGAGACCGCACAUGUAAGGCAUGCCUCAACACAUCCAUCUCUACAGCUGUAGAGUAUGGAUUAUUGAAUGGCAUCAAGUGUCCUCUGUGUCCCGCCGUCCUCACCUAUAACGAUAUUUCGCAAAAGGCAUCUGCAGAUGUAUUCGAACGGUUAGUGACUUCCAUUAGUUCUUUAUGUUCAUUGCUAAUUUUUGAAUAGUUAUUCAUACUUGAGAGAGAAAGCUUCGAGACCGGACACAUUCACUAUGUGCUUAGGUCCCAAUUGCGGCGGAGGUCAAAUUCACGAAGGACCAGAGCCAUUAAUGAUUUGUAGUCAUUGUAGAUUCAGAACCUGCGUCAAACACAUGUUACCAUGGCAUGAAGGACAGUCUUGUGAUGAUUUUGAUAUUGAUGACUCACAAAUUGAGCGUUUGGAGCAGGAAGAGGCUACAGCAAAGCUGUUGGCAAAAGAUUCGAGAAUGUGCCCCAAAUGCCAAGAGUGUGUUGUUAGAAGCGAAGGUUGUGAUCAUAUGCAAUGUGUGUACAAAUACAUCUCUUCUUACAAGUUCAAUACUAACGACUAUUUCCUAGGUCGCUGCGGAAAAUCCUGGUGCUACCUUUGCGGUGUCGACUGGGAGAAUACCAUUAGGCUUGGCCGGACUGCCCAUGGUAGAAAUUGUCCGAACCACCCCGACUCAUCCAAACUCAGUCAAAACCAGAUCUCAGCACGCGAAACCAAUCUCACACAACUAGUCCAUGGUGGACCCGUCAACGAACUCCUAACUAAAGCCAAGUAUGCGAAGCAGAAACAAAGGAGAGAUGAAUUGAGGCCUUUGGCAUUAGCUGCUGCUGAGCAGAGAAUGAAAGAUGAAGCAUUGGCAAAAAGAAAAUCACCGUAAGCAUUACUCAAACUUUCAUCCACUCUGUAAUUGCAGCUUUUUAUGGCAACUAUGGUUUAUAUAACAUCACAAUUGUCUUUUUAUAUUCAACUUACUGACCUACCAUUUAGGACAUCCGGACCAGCGAAGAAAAAGGCAAAAUUGGUAGCUCCUUGGAAGGAACACUAAACUUCAUAAAGUGGCAUAUAAAUUCAAGUACUGGCGUUAAAACAGAACUUUUGCAUGGGGUUAUAUCGAUAUAAAACUAGUUCUUACAAUGGUUGAUCUAGCGAAGGCGUUUUCAUGUUAUUUUCUCUUGCGUAGGAUGACAUACGGGAUAUGGAAUAUAUACAUUAGGAAUCUUUGAGAUACCUCUAUAAAAUUUUCUGUCUAGGAUAUCUUAAAGAUUAUGGAGAUGUUUGUUUAGGAUAACAUUCACGAAUAGAUAAUAAAUGGCAA